GCACACAGCCCUCUUGCCUUCAGUGUCGAGCCCACACCAUUUAUAGCCUCGCAGUAACCUACAAUCUUAUUAUGAGAUUUAACUUUGCCCCAGCUGGACUUGUGGAUGAGCAGUGCUCUAGUCCCGCUCCUCAACUCAACUAAUAAAUGCCUGGAAAUAGUUAUAAGGCGCUGUCGCUCGCUUUAUGACAGACAAAACUACUCUGCCAUGCCUCUGUCUAUGCGGAAUACAUAAAGGCUCUGCCUUGAAUUAAUCACUCGCUCUUUAAUGGAUCUUUGAUGAUCGCGCUUGACGCAGCGAGGAGCUGCAGCUCAUUGUAUUUCGAGGCCAAGAGGAACCUUGUGUGUGUGUGUGUGCGCGCGCGUUUUGGUUUUUUUAUUUUGUUGUGUGUGUGUUUUUUUACCCUCGUCCGAUAUCUACUGCCUCUUUGAAAAUGUCAAGGGGGUACAUGGUGACAUAGGGACCCCGGUUUGGUUACGGAGAGACUCUUGCUUCGCUCUGCGAAAGAGGAACAGGCCAGCUACUGAUGGUGGAUCUCAGACAUGCAUGUGACCACUAGACAGUUUAACCGGGAGCUGGCUGAUGAUGUGCUUAAGGCUUCUAUAUCCUGAGUCAGCAGUGGAAAAGGAGUCAGCUCCUAUCCUCCUGCCUGCAGCUGCUCCACGCAAAGGCCACAGCACCGAGUGAACAAGUUGAUGGUCUGGAAAAUUGCAUUAAAACCUGCAGGGUGUACCUCUGGGCCGAUAAAUGAUACUAAAAUGGUGAAAGAGAAGAAAAGACAAGAGGAUGAAAGCCAUCAACAAUGCUCUACCCUGGGGAAAUAAGCACCGGCCAUUUUGAAUUGGUGAAACACUAAGACCCAGCUCUAGCACUCCACUGGCAUGAAAACUUCUCCUUUGGAGACUUAACCUGUAAAUGCAUAAGCUAUGGUCAGCAGGUUUAAUAAGGGGCUGGCAUAUCAGUGCAGAACCACCCAACUCAUUUGAAAUAAUUCUCUGGACCAGAGACUGGUUAUUUUUAUCCCUUGGCUAAAGGGAAAGGGUUUAUUACCCUGUUUAAAUACUGUGAGGCUCCAUCCAGCCUAGUUCAAACUCAAGUGGUACCCCAAGCUGCUACCAACUGGCAUCGCUCAUGGCUUCCAGGAGGGCAUCAGAAGCUAGUAAUGGAGGCAUGGUGAAGAGUGCCUUCUUCUGGUCUUUGGCCAUAAUCUAUCUGACUCACAUAAGUGGAGUGAGGGGGGAUUGCUGGCUCAUAGAAGGUGAAAAGGGCUUUGUAUGGCUGGCCAUUUGCAGCCAAAACCAGCCACCCUAUGAGGCCAUCCCUCAGCAUAUCAACAGCACUAUAGUGGACCUUCGAUUGAAUGAGAACAAGAUCAAGAGCAUCCACUACUUUGCCCUUAGCCGCUUUACCAACCUCACAUACCUGAAUCUGACCAAGAAUGAGAUUAAUUACAUUGAGGAUGGGGCUUUUUCAGCCCAGUUCAACUUGCAGGUUCUCCAGUUGGGUUUCAAUAAGUUGCGUAACUUAACCGAAGGGAUUCUCAGGGGUUUGGGAAAGCUGCAGUACCUCUACCUCCAGGCCAACCUGAUUGAGACUGUGACACCCAAUGCCUUCUGGGAGUGCCCAAACAUAGAAAACAUUGACCUUUCCAUGAACCGCAUUCAGGUGCUUGAUGGGUCCACCUUCACCAGCCUGACAAAGCUGACCACCUGUGAACUCUACACCAACCCUUUCAAUUGCUCCUGUGAGCUCUUGGGGUUCGUUAAGUGGCUCUCUGUCUUUCCCAACAGGACAAGUGAACGGAUGGUGUGCGAUUCUCCUGCAGGAGUCUCGGGCUACAGUCUCCUAAGUCAGAAUCCGAACAAUCCCACAUACCGGAAUGCUCUGCAUAUGCUGUCCACUGUGUGCACGGAGGGCUACGCAACUCCGUAUAUCCUUGUGCCUACUGAGACCACCACUUACCCUCCAGACUCUACACCUUGUGGGCUGGAAGACUGUCCCUCGGGAACUGAGCCAGAGGAAAUCAGCAUCAGUCCCACAUACAUAGACUUAGAUGUGAAACCAAUCAUGAAACUCAAGCAAGUGUCUCACACGAACGCAGAAAUCACUGUUCAGAUCCCUUACCCCUACAAGAAGAUGUACAUCCUUGUCCUGUACAAUAACAGCUUCUUCACUGUUAUACAGAAUCUGAAGAGGCAGAAGGAGGACAUUGAACUGAAAAACCUGAAACCCCACACCGAUUACACCUACUGUGUGGCUUCCAUAAGAAACUCAUUGCGUUUCAAUCAUACUUGUUUGACAUUAUCCACAGGGCAUAGGAAUGGAAAAGAGCAAGCAGCUAGUAAUGCAAAAGCUACUCACUACAUAAUGACUAUCUUAGGAUGUCUUUUCGGUAUGGUAAUUGUUUUAGGGGUAGUUUACUAUUGCUUGCGAAAAAAGAGACAACAAGAUGAAAAGCACAAAAAGGCAGGAAGCUUAAAGAAGAACAUAAUUGAGCUUAAAUAUGGCGGUGAGCUAGAGGGCGGGACAAUAUCCAGGAUGUCUCAAAAGCAAAUGAUGGCUGGGGAGAGCAUAACCCGCAUGCCCUAUCUACCUUCCGGCAGUGAAAUGGAGCAAUACAAACUGCAAGACAUCAGCGACACUCCGAAAAUGGCCAAAGGGAAUUACAUAGAAGUGAGAACAGGGGAGCACCCAGAUCGAAGGGAAUGUGAAAUGUCUAUGCCUGGCAACAGCCAAGGCUCAGUUGCUGAGAUCUCGACAAUUGCAAAGGAAGUAGACAAGGUCAACCAGAUUAUUACCAAUUGUAUAGAUGCUCUGAAAUCAGAGUCCACCUCCUUCCAAGGGGUGAAAUCUGGUGCUGUGUCAACAGCUGAACCUCAAUUGGUACUGAUCUCAGAGCAGCCUCAGAACAAGUCUGGGUUCCUGUCACCUGUCUACAAGGACAGUUACCACCACUCUUUACAAAGACAUCAUGCAUCAGAUGCUUCUCCGAAACGUCCGAGUACAGCCACUGGUGGUCCAAUGCGGAGUCCAAGGCCUUACCGCUCAGAGGGGCCCUACAAGUCAGAGUCGAAGUACAUAGAGAAAACUUCACCCACAGGGGAAACUAUUCUGACUAUCACACCCACAGCUGCGAUACUAAGAGCAGAGGCGGAGAAGAUCCGUCAGUAUAGUGAGCAUCGGCAUUCCUACCCCGAUGCCCACCAAAUUGUAGAGUUGGAAGAACCGGAUAGUCGGAAAACCUCCAUUUUGGAGCCCCUGACGCGGCCUCGUGCCAGAGACUUGGCUUACUCACAGCUCUCUCCCCAAUACCACAAUCUCAGUUACUCGUCUAGUCCCGAGUACUACUGCAAACCAUCGCACAGCAUCUGGGAGCGCUUUAAACUCCAUCGCAAGCGACACAACAAUGAGGAGUACAUGGCAGCAGGUCACGCUCUGAGGAAAAAAGUGCAGUUUGCUAAGGAUGAAGACCUGCAUGACAUUCUAGAUUACUGGAAGGGAGUGUCAGCCCAACAAAAAUCUUAAUCUACUCAAGUGUUUGCCUGUGUCUUUUUCAUUUUUGAAGGACCACAAUGAACAGGACCAGAAGGAAUCCUUAAUCUAGUGAAAUCACAUUCUAAUGGAUAAAUAUUACACUACAGUGAAUUUCAACUUAGGGAAAAAGGUUUGUGUACCAAAAUUAAAAGAUGUUACUUAAAGCAACAAGAGGAGAAUAUAUUGCAAAUAUAAUAUAUAUAUAUAUAUAUGUAUGUUGAAAUGGAUUUUUAGUAUUUGAUUACCGCAUGGCCAAGUCCUGUGACAGUGGAUUUGCUGUUGUGUACUGUGAGACUUAAAAGAAUCCAACAGUGACAGACAACUUCUGAAACCUUAGUAUUUCUUCUGCAGGACCACUGUAAUUUAUGGACCGUUUUUCUCCCAAUAUUUGAGUUUGUUCUAAACACAAAUGAACUAUGUACAGAUACUGUUUCUUUAUUUGCAACGUUUGCUGUUAAAAAUGGAGAAAAAAAUCUAUAAUGUGUAUGAUUCAGGUUUAGACCAUGGAUUUUGGAGUUAGCUCCUGUGAUAUUAUCUGUCCUUAAAUUAAUGUUUACCGUUCUGAUGGAUAAACAUUGCACUGGUCAAUGAAAUGGCAUAUUUUCCUUUAGGCCACAGUUUACGCUACCCUGCUUUGCCAAUUUUCUUUUUAAUCCAUACCACUUAUCGGACCGCACAAUAUUACACUGCUAUAAGGCUGAUAUAAUGCUACAUUUGUGUAUCAUAACCACAAAGUGAAUCCGUUUGGUUGGGAUGGUGUAGAUGAAACAUCUGUAUACAUGAUUGCAGUAUCAAAGUGGAACAAAAUGGAAAAGUAGAGCAUUUUGAUACACAUUUAGUAGUUAUGUCUGAUAUGUUUACCAGUAAAGCGCUCCACAAAACAUGCACUUCUGCUUUGACCUUACAAUGCCUAAUAGUAGUGAGGGGUUAUCUGAUCGUGAACCAAAGUGCUUGGGUGGCAGCUCAUCACACAUUUUUCUGCAGAUGUUUCCACCAAUCUCGAGCCAACAGCCCUAUGGAUGAAUGUAUCACAUACAUAAAGCAGCCUUUUCAGCUGCAGUUUCUUUGUUGUUGUUGUUGUUUUUUACAACUACAUAAUUUCCAUUUUUCAUGCUGUAUGCUGAGUUUUGAUAUUCAUACUUCUUUUCAGUUUCAUGCAUUUGGCAUAUCUGUCAACAAUAUUUAAUCAAUCAGAAAAAAAAAAAAAAAGUUUAUAAACCUAAGGAUAUUGUUUUAGGCUUUUCUACUGUUUGGCGGGUAAAAAUGCUUUUGUAAAUGUUGAAUGCCACUGCACGGACCCUGUGACGAUCACUGCUGAUCUGAAAGGUGAAACAUCAGCUUUUUAGAGAAAUGCAGGAAGUAACCGGGUUGUCCAAUUUCUUUCUUUCUUUUUUUUUAAACCGCCUUAAACUUCUGGAAAUAUCUGUAUGACUGUAUUUUUCUUUUAUUCUUUAAGUGUUGAUGUUUUUGAAAAGUCUUCAUUCGUUGUCAUUUAUUUUAUUUGUUUUUUAAAGACAGUACAUUUCAGUAGAUUUCAACAGCUGUCAGGUUUAUAGGUAAUCUAGCAAGUAACCUACAUGUUUUUAUAAUGCAUAGUGUAGCACUCCUGUAACUCAUUCAGUUUAGAAAUGUUGGGAAAUUUGUGAACGGAGGACAUCAGAUACAAACAAGAGCACAAUGUGUGUUAUUUUGUAUUUCUUAAAACUAUGUUACCUGCUUUCAGACAAAGUACUGUGAAAUAAAGGAAAGGGUGCACCCAUACUGUCACGAUCCUUAUGAUAACA